UGACACCGCUACCACGCAUGCUGCAUGCUUCAUUUCGUCGCCGCUACGUCCAGCGUCCGCACUGAAAUUCAAAAAAGAUGUCCUUAUUACACUCAUUCACGUAUCCCUAUUGUAUUUACCCCUAAAAAAGGAAAACUAUCAAUAUGGCAGCUAAGUUAGUGAUGGCAGAUUAUAUAGUGAUCGUGGUGAUGCUUCUCAUUAGUUCUGGUAUCGGUGUCUAUUAUUGGCUCACUGGUGGACGACAAAAAUCGACAGAGGAGUACUUUGUAGCAAACAAAUCUAUGAGUGUUAUACCAGUGGCAAUUGGCUUGAUGGCUUCAUACUUGUCGGCGGUCAGCCUACUAGGGGUCAGUUCGGAAAUUUACGUUUACGGUUCUCAGUACAUGGUGAUAAACAUCUCCUACGGCAUUGCCACCGCAUUCGUUGUCUACUUUUACUUGCCCGUCUUCUUCAAGCUCAACGCCACCAGCGCUUUCGAAUAUCUUCAGAAACGUUUUGGUACGCCGACAAGGUUGUUAGCCAGCGUCGCCUUUUUCCUUCAACUUCUUUUGUACACCGGCGUCGUGCUCUACGCGCCGGCACUCGCGUUGGAAGCCACGACAAAUAUCUCGAGGAGUUUGAGCGUGAUCGGCAUCGGAUUGGUCUGUACAUUCUACUCAGCGAUUGGUGGUAUCAAGGCAGUUAUUAUUACCGACGUAUUCCAAAGUGCCCUCAUGAUUACAGCCAUUAUCACAGUGAUAGUGACAGCGGCGAUUGAUGUAGGUGGCCUUGCACGAAUUUGGGAAAUCUCAGCCGAAGGAUUACGAUUGGAAUUUAAUAACAUUUCUCCCGAUCCAACGGUACGACAUACUUGGUGGAGUCUAACGUUUGGUGGUUUUUUCACCUAUCUUUCCUUGUACGGUGUCAAUCAAGUUCAAGUUCAAAGAAUGCUAACAGUCCGGAAUCUGGGAGCGGCCAAACGGGCUCUUUGGUGGAGUUGGCCGAUGGCGUCUAUCAUGUCAUUGACCAUUUGCUUUGCUGGCUUGUCGAUAUAUACGAAGUAUCGUGAAUGUGAUCCCUUGAACUCGGGAAGGAUCACCUCGAACGACCAACUGAUGCCGCUUUACGUAAUGGACACGUUGUCAAAGUAUCCUGGAAUACCUGGACUUUUUAUAGCUGGGAUUUUCAGUGCAGGACUCAGUACGAUAUCGGCCACGGUCAAUUCGUUAUCUGCAGUCAUUCUUGAGGACUACAUCAAACCUUUGUAUCGAUACAAAAGCAAAGGCAAAGAAAUGUCAUCGAGGCGAUCGAUCAUUGCCAGUAAAGUGUUAGCGGUCGUUGUUGGAUCAAUGUGUCUGGGAGUAGCCUUCUUGGCACGAUAUUUGGGUGGACUCCUUCAGGCUGCUCUAACGAUAUUCGGCGUAGUCGGAGGACCUCUCCUUGGUACAUUUACUUUGGGUAUGUUCAGCCAAACGGGAAAUCAGAAGGGAGCUAUCACAGGACUUAUCCUUGGUCUUGCGUUUUCAUUUUGGAUUGGUUUCGGUCAACCAAAGCCGCCCAUUCCAAAAUUGCCCGUAUCCACUAUUGGAUGUAGCAGCAAUUAUUCCUUGACCUAUAAGAAUUUAAUCAUGCCUAAGACAUUCCACGAGAUUACGAAUCAAAAAUCCUACUUUUAUCUCUAUCGAUUGUCCUACAUGUGGUACUGUCCUCUCGGAUUUCUCAGUAGUUUACUCAUCGGUUGGAUAGUUAGUUGGGUGACAAGGAUGAUCUUCAAGGAGGAAGAAAUUAUAAUGGAUCCACAAUUGUUCACACCGAUAAUUGCCUCGAGAGUUCAUAAGAGAACGCAUGAGGAGAAACUCACGACCGCGGAAUGAUUUGUGGUUUCUUAAAAAAAAAAAAAAAAAAAAAAAAAAGAAAAAAAAAGAAAAAAAAAAGAAAAAAAAAAGAAAAAAGAAAGAAAAAAGAAAAAAGAAAUGAAAAAAAAGAAAUGAAAAAAAGAAAAAAAAAGAAAAAGAAAGAAGAAACAGAAAUAAUGAUAAAGAGGGAAGGAUCUUUGGGCAUAAGAGAUUUUCCGGUCGAUCUUCGGACACGUUAUCGUCUUAUGUAAGCACCGUAAGCCACGAUGAUAUUCACCGUGGUGUUCGGCUUCUCUCCUCGUGUCACCUUAGGACGGUGCGAGAGACGAGGGCGAGGGUGAAGGUGCUCGCGCGCGCACACGCUGCCAAGCGAGCACGGUAACACCAGUCCGACGGCAUUCCAUCGAGAUUUGCGAACGUUUCGGUAAACGUUCAACGUAUCCGCACGGUCCCCCCGGUGUUUACCUCCGUUAUCGUUACACAAUACGCCGGAGGGAAAAGAAGAGGGAGGAAUUCUUCUUCUUUUCUUCUUCUUCUUCUUCUUUUUCUUCUUCAGUUGCUUUCGGACAAUUUCGAUAUAGAUAAUAUUGUCAAAGGAGAGAAUGAUGGGGGAAAAAAAGGAAGAAAGAAAGAAAGAAAGAAAAAAAAAAAAAGGAAAAAAGAAA